CUCCUCACAUUCCAACCUGCUCAUCUUUCAGCUGGACAGUAAGGGCUGUUCACUCCACACACUGACAACAUGCUGGGAACACUCUGCACUCUCAUCACUGUGCUCUCAUGUGUCAGUGGCCAAAAGGUUUUGACACAGAAACCCUCAGUGCUGAGUGUGAAUAAACAGCAGAAAGGCACAAUGGACUGUAAUAUUGCCAGAGAUGAGGGAAAUUAUGUUUACUGGUACAAGCAGGUUCCUGGCAGCGCUCCUCAGUAUGUGCUGCGUUUCUACUCUUGGCGUGGUUCUAACUAUGGAGCUGGUUUCCCCUCCAACCGCUUUACCUCCACAGCCAAGAGUAACACAGAUUAUCAGUUAAUAAUUACUAAUGUGGAGGCAGGAGACUCAGCAGUGUAUUACUGUAGCACAUGGGAUGACUCUGCUAGUGCAGCUGUUGUGGUAUUCGGCCAAGGCACCAAGCUGAUUGUCGCUGAUUCUUCUCUUGCUGCGCCUACCCUCUCUCUCCUGCCUCCAUCCAGCGAGGAGCUGAAGACAGACAAAGCCACGCUGGUGUGCCUGGCGCAGAUGUCUGUUGGAUUCGCUGAUGUCAGCUGGACAUCGGGCGGGAAACCAGUUACCGGCGGGGUUUUUACCGGCACCGCCGAACAGAAACCCGACAAAACCUUCGGUUUGAGCAGCUUCUUAACCAUCACGCCCUCCGAGUGGAUUACCGACCGCGUCUUUACCUGUAAAGUAUCUGUCGGGUCUAAAACCUCAGAGAAAAGUAUCAAAAAGUCUGACUGCAGUGAGUAAAUUAUGGCUGUUGUAUGACUCAUUUUUACUCUUAUUUCAUUUUGAUUAGCAUGGUUUUCCAUCUGUAAUAGUUUAGCAACCCAUUAUCAGUAAAUUGAUUUCUGGCAAUACCUUACGACUUUUUCAGGAAUAAACUUUCAAGUUUAACAUUAUUUUUUGCUCUUAAACCUAGAAAGUGUGUUUGUUAUCUUUGUGUUGUGAGAUUAAAUAAAUACUGUUGCAUGUUUAAAAAUA